CGGCAAUCAACUGAUCACCAGUGCGAUAGCCCAUGUUGCCCUUCAGCCCUCUCGUCACUGGAGGCAACAGCUGGCGCAAGUUCGAGUUCUUGAGCGAAAGCUUGAUUACCUCCGCGUGCCGAGGUCACGAUAACUACCUCUAACUACGCGAGUCUCUCAGGUUUGCAUCCAGCAAAACCUGUCCAGAACUCCCGCACCGGUAUCAGCAGGUUCCAGCAGCAUUGGGCUGCACUCACAUCAACCGCGUUCCCGUCAGCCGCGUUCCCGUCAACCUCGUCCCACCACCAAGCGCCAGCUUCAGCUCCAGUUCAGUUUCGACCAGCCCGACACAAGCGAAUUUUGUGACCCGUCUCCCUUUAGCAGGAAUCGUAACCCAAGUUCGGUCUGCGGCCCAGAGCAUGACAACCGACUAUGGGUCAUCGACAACCAACAUAGCGCUGCACGCUUGAACCAGACUGCCCAGUCCCGACAGGAGGUUGCGAGAGGACAAACUCGGGCAUGAUGUCGAUAAUUAGGGACCAAGCAUCCAGUGCGCUGGACCAGUAUAUCAGAGAAGCCAGGAACCGGAACCAUGCGGAAGAUCAACGAAAGCGCGCUGCGCGCCAGGUCCGAGACCUGGUCAAUAUCGCGAAGCAAGAGAUGGGUGCCGAGCAGUUCCAACGCUUCUUCGACACCGUCAAUCAAAAGACCAUGGCCUUGAUCCAGGGUGCGGACACAUAUGACAAGAUGGCCGGCGUCUACAUCCUCGAUGCGCUGGUUGAUUUCGACGGCAUAGAGCCCGCGCUGAAGUACAGCCGCUUUCAACAAUACAUUGGGACUAUCCUGCGGGGAAAGGACCUCAACCCCAUACAGCCUGCUGCGGUGGUCCUUGGGAAGCUGUGCAAGCCGGGAGGGUCUCUGAUCUCGGAGCUUGUGGAUGCCGAGGUACACACAGCGCUCGAGUGGCUGCAGUCCGAUCGUGUCGAGGAGCGUCGAUACAGUGCCACCCUGGUACUUCGCGAAUUGGCGAGGAAUGCGCCCACUCUGAUGUACCCCUACGUGGGGUUCGUUUUCGACCAUAUCUGGAUCGGACUGCGGGAUCCUCGACACUUGAUCCGGACCACGUCGAGCGAGACCGUCAGUGCUUGCUUCAGGAUUAUCCGGGAGCGCGACCAAGAGAUGAAGCAGGAAUGGAUGGACAAGAUGUUUACAGAGGCGGUCAAGGGCCUCAAGACGAACACUGUCGAAAACAUCCAUGCCUCGCUGCUGGUCAUCAAUGAACUUCUCGAGCAGGGCGGCAUGUACAUGCAAGGCCACUACCAGGAAGCCUGCGAGAUCGUGUUCCGCCACAGGGAUGCGCGCGAUCCAGCCAUCCGCAAAACCGUUGUCUCCCUCAUCCCCCACCUAGCCAACUACGCCCCGACCGAAUUUAGUGCGACCUACCUGCACAAGUUCAUGGUCUACCUCUCAGGCAUGCUCAAAAAGGAGAAAGAGCGGAACGACGCCUUCCUCGCCAUUGGCGACAUUGCCAACUCGGUCAAGAGUUCCAUCGCACCCUAUCUCGACGGUGUCUUGAUCCAUGUCCGCGAAGGGCUCAGCGUGCAAUCUCGAAAGCGCGGCUCUGUCGAUCCGGUGUUUGGCUGCAUCAGCCGGCUCGCCGUGGCGGUCGGCCAAACGCUGAGCAAAUAUAUGGAGGCCCUUCUAGAUCCCAUCUUCGCCUGCGAGCUCACUCCCCAGCUGACCCAAGCUCUGGUCGACAUGGCUUUCUACAUUCCUCCCGUCAAACCCACAAUCCAGGAGCGACUUCUCAACAUGCUGAGCAAGGUUCUGUGUGGUGAGCCCUUCCGGCCGCUUGGAGCACCACAUGCAACAGCGAUAUCGGCCAUUCCACCUAUUCCUCGAGAUCCUAGGGACUCUUCAGUGCACGAGCGAGGCAAGGCUGAGGUGAAGCUCGCAUUAAAUACACUGGGCAGCUUUGACUUCUCAGGCCACGUGCUGAACGAGUUCGUCCGUGAUGUCGCCAUCAAAUACGUCGAGGACGACGAUCCUGAGAUCCGCGAGGCCGCCGCCCUCACGUGCUGUCAGCUCUACGUCCGCGAUCCCAUUGUCAACCAGACGAGCUAUCACGCCCUCCAAGUCGUUGCCGAUGUUGUCGAGAAGCUGUUGACAGUAGGAGUCUCGGACCCUGAGUCCAAGAUUCGACGGACAGUGCUCGCUGCGCUCGACGAGCGAUUCGAUCAGCAUUUGGCCAAGGCCGAGAACAUUCGAACCCUGUUCUUCGCCCUUCAUGAUGAGCAGUUUGCCGUCAGGGAAGUGGCCGUGUCCAUCAUCGGCCGGCUGGCCCGUCAUAACCCUGCUUACGUCAUACCCCAGCUGCGCAAGACAAUCAUACAGAUGUUGACCGAGCUAGAGUACACUGACGUGCCGAGGAGCAAGGAGGAGAGCUCAAAGCUGCUCAGCCUCCUUACACAGCAUGCCCAGGAUUUGGUCAAGCCCUAUGUCAGCUCCAUCACCGAAGUGCUCCUCCCCAAGGCUUCCGACCCGACCCCUUCGGUAGCUGCGACCAUCCUGCAGGCGAUUGGCGAGCUCUGCACAGUUGGCGGCGCGGAGAUGCUCGCUUACAAGGACAGCCUCAUGCCUAUCAUCAUUGACGCCUUACAGGACCAGAGCGCCCCCAUCAAACGGGAAGCGGCACUCCAUACCCUCGGGCAACUGGCGAGCAACGCCGGCUACGUCAUCAAACCUUACCUCGAAUAUCCACAGCUACUGGAGAUCCUACAGUCCAUCAUUAGAGGCGAGCCUCAACACGGGCCGCUACGCCAAGAGACGAUCAAGCUCAUGGGUAUCCUGGGUGCACUCGACCCUUACAAGUAUCAGCAGGUCGAAGAACGAACCCCGCAAACGCAACGGCGCCCCGAGGCGACCCAGCAGACCGAUGUGUCCCUCAUGAUGGGAGGUCUGACCCCUUCUCAGGAAGACUAUUACCCUACGGUCGCCAUCAACGCCCUGCUCCAGAUUCUCAAGGAUCAGUCCUUGCUGCAGUGGCAUGGGAAUGUGGUGGAUGCCAUCAUGAGCAUCUUCAUUACCUUGGGACUGAAGUGCGUCCAGUUCCUUGAUCGGGUCGUGCCCGCUUUCAUUGCUGUUAUCAGGGCAUCCAGCCCAGCCCGGCUCGACUACUACUUCAAUCACUUGGGCAGGCUUGUUAGCAUCGUUCGUCAGCACAUCCGCGUCUACCUGCCGGAUAUCAUCGCCGUCCUGCAGGACUUCUGGAACACCACCUCCUCGUUGCAGACGACCAUCCUGACCCUCAUCGAGUCUAUCGCCCGCUCUUUGGAGGGCGAGUUCAAGGUCUACCUCGCGGGUCUGCUCCCGUUGAUGCUUGGAGCCCUGGAAAAGGACACGAGCACAAAACGACAGCCCACAGAGAAAAUAUUUCACGCCUUUCUAGUCUUCGGUUCCAGCGCAGAAGAAUACAUGCACCUCAUCAUCCCCGUUCUCGUGCGCCUGUUUGACAACCCUGCGCAGCCCAUGUUCUUGCGGAAGUCGGCCAUCGAGACGAUUGGAAAACUGUCCAGCAUGGUGAACCUGAAUGACUAUGCCUCCAAGAUCAUCCACGCCCUGACUCGGGUCCUCGCCAGUCAGGAACCCAGUCUCAGGGUGGCCGCGCUCGACACCCUCUGUGCGCUCAUGCUGCAGCUGGGCCGGGACUAUCUGCACUUCGAGCAUACUGUUGAAAAGGCCAUCGUCACGUACGGCAUUCAGCAUUCCAAUUACGACAAGGCUGUUGAGAAGCUCAAGAAAGGAGAGGCGCUGCCGCAGAACCUCGCCCCCCGGUUUGAGGACAACGCUGUGGAGCCCUACCCGUCCGAGAACAACCCGCCAAGGAAGCUGGAUCUGAACCCGGUGCAUCUGCGACAGGCGUGGGAGACAAAAGGCAAAGCGACUAAGGACGACUGGCAUGAGUGGUUCCGCAAACUCAGCACGACGCUGCUGACAGAAUCGCCGAACCACUCCCUUCGAGCCUGCGCCAGCCUGGCGAGCAAUUAUCAGCCUCUCGCGAGGGAGCUCUUCAAUUCCGCGUUUGUUUCUUGCUGGAGCGAGCUGUACGACUCCUACCAGGAAGAGCUGAUCACGAACAUUGAGAACACGAUCAAGUCCGAAAAUGUCCCUCCUGACCUCUUGGGCCAGUUGCUCAAUCUUGCAGAGUUCAUGGAGCACGAUGACAAGGCGCUUCCGAUUGACAUCCGUGUCCUGGGCCGCGAGGCCGCACGAUGCCAUGCAUACGCUAAGGCCCUCCACUAUAAGGAGCUUGAAUUCCUACAGGAUCACAACAGUCACGCGGUCGAGGCCCUCAUCGUGAUCAACAACCAGCUGCAGCAGUCGGAUGCCGCCAUUGGGAUCCUGCGGAAGGUCAAGGCUUACAAAGAAGGGAUCCAACUGCGGGAGAGCUGGUUUGAGAAACUGGAGCGCUGGGAUGAAGCGCUCAACUUCUACUGCCAGAGGGAACGGGAGCUGCCCGAGGAUCAGCCCACGCCGGUCGACAUCGUCAUGGGCAAGAUGCGUUGCUACCAUGCAUUGGGCGAGUGGGAUUCGUUGGCGGCCUUGGCUGGCAAGACCUGGGCAAACUCUGGCCCGGAAAUCCAGCGGAGGAUCGCGGCCUUGGCGACCACGGCAGCAUGGGGUCUUGGAAAGUGGGACUCGAUGGACAUCUACCUGCAGUCGAUGAAGCGCUUCUCGCCCGACCGCGCCUUCUUCGGCGCCAUUCUCGCCCUGCAUCGGAACCAGUUCCGGGAAGCCCUAGGUUUCAUCCAACAAGCCCGAGAAGGCCUCGACACCGAGCUCAGCGCCCUGGUCAGCGAGUCAUACAACCGCGCCUACCAGGUUGUCGUGAGGGUUCAGAUGCUCGCCGAGCUAGAGGAGCUCAUAGUCUACAAACAAAGUGGCCCGGAGAAGCGUGCCACCUUGCGAGCGACUUGGGAGACCCGCCUGAAAGGCUGCCAGCGCAAUGUCGAGGUUUGGCAGCGGACGCUCCGGCUGAGGUCUCUUGUUCUCACUCCGCAAGAGAACAUGCACAUGUGGACGAAAUUUGCCAACUUGUGUCGCAAGUCUGGGCGGAUGGGACUGGCGGAGAAGUCUCUGAAGCACCUCAUAAACACCGAUGCGCCACUGGAGUCCGUCAUACCUUACUGGUUCGAGCAGCCAACAAGUCCGGGUCUCGAACGUAUCGCAUCCCCCAUAGUCUACGCUGUGCUCAAGUUCCAGUGGGAAAUGGGUCAGCAGCCGGGCGUUCGGAAUUCGGACCGCGGAAUUGCAGAGCGGACACUCUACUGCCUUAAGAGGUUCACCGAGGAGACCGCCCGCCGAGUGGAAGGCGCGAGGUUGCAGCUGAACGCAUCUGCGCAGGCUGUAAACAGCAUCGGGGACGGGCUCAACCACGCCAGGUACGCCGACUUCGACGAAGGGGCGGUCUUGGGUGCGGAGGCGCAAAGGCACUGGCUUGAACAAACGGUGCUACUCGCAAAGUGCUAUCUCCGACAAGGCGACUGGAUCAUGACGCUGCACAAAGACGACUGGCAACACACUCGGCGCCAGGAAAUCCUUGACUGUUAUUCCAAAGCGACGCACUACCACCCUCGAUGGUACAAGGCCUGGCAUGCUUGGGCUCUCGCGAACUUUGAGGUGGUUCAGGCACUGGCGCCCAAGAGGGAGGUGGAGGGACGACCGGAGCAUAGCAGCAUCCUAACGCGCCACGUUGUCCCGGCCGUGCAUGGCUUUUUCGAGUCGAUCGCGCUCUCGUCCGGUAGUUCUUUGCAGGACACGCUUCGCCUCCUAACCUUGUGGCUCACCUACGGUGGUCAUCAAGAGGUCAUCGCCGCCGUCACGGAUGGCUUCGCCCGUGUCAGCAUCGAUACCUGGCUCGAGGUCAUACCCCAGCUCAUUGCCCGCAUCAACCAGCCCAACAGGCGGGUGCAGGCGUCGAUCCACGCUUUGUUGUCCGACGUCGGGCGCGCACACCCACAAGCGCUCGUCUAUCCAUUGACGGUGGCAAUGAAGUCGCGGCAAAGCACGCGGCGAUCCAAGACGGCUAGUCUAAUCAUGGAGAGCAUGCGCCAACACAGUCCCAAACUUGUGGAGCAGGCCGACCUUGUGAGCCGCGAACUUAUCAGAGUCGCGGUCCUGUGGCACGAACUCUGGCAGGAGGGGCUUGAGGAAGCCUCCCGGCUGUAUUUCGGUGACCACAACAUCCAGGGCAUGUUUGACGUCCUGGAACCCCUCCAUGAUAUGCUCGAGAAGGGCCCGGUGACGCUCAGAGAGAUUUCUUUCACCCAGACGUUCGGCAGGGAUCUGAGCGAGGCCCGUGAAUGGUGCCGCCAGUACCGCCACUCUCAGGAUGUCAACGACCUCAACCAGGCAUGGGACCUCUACUACCAAGUGUUCCGCCGCAUUAGCCGACAGCUGCCCCAGAUGACAAGUCUUGAGCUGACAUACUGCUCUCCCGAGCUGCUUCAAGCCAGGGAUCUUGACCUUGCGGUGCCGGGAACGUACCGCAGCGGCGAGGAAAUCGUCAGGAUCAUGGGCUUCGAUGGUACUUUGAGCGUAAUCAACUCAAAGCAGCACCCCAGGAAGCUCAACAUCUUCGGAAGUGACGGUAAAACUUACGCAUUCUUGUUGAAGGGCCACGAGGAUAUGCGUCAAGACGAGCGCGUCAUGCAGCUCUUUGGCCUUUGCAACACCCUCCUGGCUAACGAUUCCGAGUGCUACAAGCGGCAUCUAAGCAUUCAACGAUUCCCAGCGAUCCCGCUGCCGCAGAACUCGGGCUUGCUCGGCUGGGUGCCCAACAGCGAUACAAUCCACCACCUCAUCAAGGAGUACAGGGAGUCCAGAAAGAUCCUCCUUAACAUCGAGCACCGGAUCAUGCUCCAGAUGGCUCCGGACUACGACAAUUUGACCCUGAUGCAAAAGGUCGAGGUGUUUGGCUAUGCCCUGGACAACACGACGGGCCAAGACCUGUACCGCGUUCUCUGGCUCAAGAGCAAGAGUUCAGAGGCGUGGCUGGACAGGCGGACGAAUUACACGCGCUCCCUCGGCGUCAUGUCCAUGGUCGGAUACAUCCUAGGUCUAGGCGACAGGCACCCUAGUAAUCUGAUGCUCGAUCGGAUUACAGGCAAGAUCAUCCACAUCGACUUCGGCGACUGCUUCGAGGUGGCGAUGAAGCGAGAGAAAUAUCCGGAACGGGUGCCCUUCAGACUCACCAGGAUGCUUACCUACGCCAUGGAGGUUAGCAACAUCGAAGGCAGUUUCCGCACAACGUGCGAGCAUGUGAUGAGAGUCCUGCGUGACAACAAGGAGAGCGUUAUGGCUGUCCUGGAGGCUUUUAUACAUGAUCCGCUGCUCACAUGGCGCCUUACAAACCCUGCCAGCCCGCCCGGCCCCCACUUCAUCUCAGAACGGGAACAAGCGAUUGCUGGCCCUCAUGCUGCGCGGGCUCGCCGACCCUCAAUUCUUGACGGGCCUAUUGCCCCUACUGAGUUCCUCGCCGCUCAGGGUGCAGGUGUCGAUAACAUGACGGGAGCACCCCCGGGAGCCCGCACCCGCGCGCGCACCAAUUCCUCGGCUGCGCCACCUGGCAGCAUGGCCAAUGGCAACGGAGCAAACGAGAUGGCUGAGGUGCAGAACGCGAGGGCAGUUGAGGUCCUCGACCGCGUUUCGCAGAAACUCACUGGGCGAGACUUCAAACCAGACGAAGAGCUUGUCGUAGCUGAGCAAGUUAACAAGCUCAUCAUCGAAGCCACCAAGCUCGAGAACCUCUGCCAGCAUUACAUAGGAUGGUGCAGCUUUUGGUGAGAGACUGGUUGGUAUCUUCGGAGCGAUUCAUUGGCCGCAUAGUCAAGAAGUUGGUGCCCUCGGUUGAGAAGCGCUUUCUAGCAUAGCAGGGCGUCAAACCCAACGCUGUGUUCUUGCAGUGUGUCAUUGACCUUCUUGUACAAUAUUUUUUAUCUUUUUUUUUAUGUUGUUCUAGGUGUGUUUAUGUCUCUAAGGCAAGUUAUUUUAUUUCUUUCUUACAGCGUAGGGUGGUAAAGGCGAGAUAGGCAGAAUAAUAUAGAUAUAAUUAACUAAAGCAAACCGAGUUAUGCCUUUAAACUACUUUAGCAUCCUAGGUAGUUAUUAGACUAGCUCCCAUCUAUCUUAGAUAUAGCACCUUAGCUAAGC